CCCGUUUCGAAAACCACACUCUUACUAAAACCUUGAUAGUACUCGCCGUUCUUCUUCUUCUUCCUCACCGUCAAUCAUCGCCGCUCGUGUGACCGAUGAGCAGUUAGGGGUUUCUUCUCGAAAGAUAUGGCUGCUGCUUCAAUCACAAGAAGAAUUGUCCGCACUUUUGGAUCCUUUUCAGCAUCUGGAAAUGGUUUAAGCUCUCUUCCUUGUGAUCUCAAGUGUGGAAUAAGUUUGGUUUCCAACCGAAAGCACUCCACUUCUAUCUUGACUCCUGAUGACAAAUUUCCUUAUGAUUUACUUGCUAAGAAGACGGUCAUUACACCAGACCGAACCAUAGGACAAUAUCAAGACUUGGUUAUUCCGGUCACAAAUUUUCAGAACGAAGACAAAGGUUUCAUGGUUUUAGCUGGUGAUGUCUUUGAUGUUCCAAUUAGGAAAGAUAUCAUUCACCACGUCGUGAGAUGGCAGCUUGCCAAACGCCAGCAGGGAACUCACUCGACCAAAACAAUAAGUGAGGUUAGCGGAACUGGUAGAAAGCCAUGGAACCAGAAGGGUACAGGCCGAGCUAGACAUGGUACACUGCGUGGCCCCCAGUUCCGAGGUGGUUGUGUGAUGCAUGGGCCCAAACCAAGAAGCCAUGCGAUAAAGAUGAAUAAGCAGGUCCGAAGGCUUGGUCUGAAGAUAGCAAUCUCAGCUCGAGCCGCAGAAGGAAAACUCCUGGUGUUUGAUGAAAUGGCAUUGCCAACGCAUAAAACGAAGAACAUUGUGAACUAUUACAAUCAAAUGGAGAACACGAAGAAAGUACUCGUUGUAGAAGGUGGGCCUAUCGAUGAGAAGCUGAAGCUAGCCACCCAGAAUCUCCACUACGUCAACAUACUCCCAUCAAUAGGGCUUAACGUUUACAGCAUUUUGCUUCACGACACGCUUGUGAUGUCCCGUGAUGCUGUGAAUAAGAUCAUUGAGCGUAUGCACACUCCCAUUAACCGUUAAAGAGACAACAAUGUCUUCAAAUAGCAUUCCCAAUAAGACACUAGAUCACAAGGAAGACAGCUCCAAGAAAUUCCGCGUGUAGUUGCUGUACCGGCAAUUUAUAUCGGUUAUAUGUACUGGUUAUGUACUGGUGGUAAUCUCCUCCAUGGCUUGAUCAGUUCAUUGUUUGUUAGCUUUUUGUUUGGUUUUGCAAUCUCACAUUGCAAAGAUAUAGUUUUUUUUUUUGGUAGCCACUAUUCUUCCUAUUUUA